UCAGUGUGUGAACUUCAACCAACUGUGAAUUUGUGCUUCUGAUAAGGAUCUUGUAUUCACACUGAGGGGAUGUACAGGAAACUAACUCAUGAACUUUAUCUCUCUCUGUGUUAUUCCGUGACAGUGCACUGCUGAUUCUCUCUAUUGAAGGAAAGUCGGUUUAUCACUCUUUAUCAUCACAACCAUAAAGACCUGGACAUAGAAGUAACAACCCCUGAAGUACAGCCUCUAUGAGCAACACAGAGACAACCAUGGCAGGUUACGGAGAAAACAUAACCCCUGAAUAUGAUUAUGGAGACGACUCUGCUCCUUGUGACUUUACCGAGUUGUGGGCUUUCGGGAAGGUGUUUCUGCCUACAAUCUACAGUUUGGUCUUCAUUCUUGGCUUUUUGGGUAACGGCCUGGUGGUGUGUGUCCUCGUGAAGCACCGCAACCAGACCAACCUGACAGACAUCUGUCUUUUCAACCUGGCUCUCGCUGACCUCCUCUUCGUCCUUACGCUGCCUUUCUACAUUCACUACUCCAACGUUGGUCAGUGGACAUUCGGGGACUUCAUGUGUCGGCUCACCUCCGGCUCCCAUAACACUGGCUUCUUCUGCAGCAUCUUCUUCAUGGUUGUCAUGACGAUAGAACGUUAUGUGAUCAUUUUACACGCUCACAAAGUGGCUAGAUAUCGUACUCUGAGGGCAGGCAUUGCGCUGAGCGUGGCUGUGUGGUUGGUGAGUUUGACUGUUUCACUGCCUGUUUUUAUUUUCACACGUGCAAAUAAUUCACAAGUGUUGAGUUGUUACUACAACCCGCAGAGCGACACUUGGAGAUAUUAUAACAUUUUCAUGGCCAACAUACUGGGUCUUUUGAUCCCCAUGUUGGUGAUGAUAGUUUGCUACGCCAGGAUUAUCCCCAUACUGAUGAACAUGAGGAGCAAGAAGAAGCACUGUGUGGUCAAGCUCAUCAUCACCAUCAUGGUCACCUUCUUCAUUUUCUGGGCCCCGUAUAACAUUUCUCUAUUCCUGACCUUUAUGAAGUCCAAACUGCCUGGUGAUGUGUGCAAGCUGGAAAAAAAUUUAAGGCUAGCGGUAACAGUGACGGAGACAUUUGCUUACACCCACUGCUGCCUGAACCCCAUCAUUUAUGCCUUUGUCGGGCAGAGGUUCAUGAAACGGGUCGUGCAGUUCUUGAGAAAGUGUGUGCCCUGGAUUUCCCUCUCCUCCACCAGGGAUCUUUCAGAUAGCUCAUUCAAGAAAAGCUCGGCCAUGUCAAGGUCAUCUGAUGUCACCACCAUUUUGACUAAGUAAAAGGGGGUGGGACCCAGUGGUUUAGUAGGGCCUGAAUAAGUGGGUAUACUCUUUUGGUGUAUAAUUAUAAUUUUUCCGUCCAGCAGAGGAUAAACAGCCUCUGUUACUAACAGUGACAUAAGACUCCUCUUGCAUAUUUAGUUAGUGCGUGCUAGCCAAUUAGAGACAGAGUAGAGAGGGUCAUCCCUUCACCAUCCUAGGAAUUGCAGCAUCCUACUGAAUAUGGUAAAUCAAUUAAUGGUGUGAAUCAGAGGACAUUUAGAAGUGGGUAUACCCUAUGGAGACUGAAAAAUAAGUGGGUUAUACUCCAUAUACCUGUGUAUACCCUGCACUACACCACUGGGUAGACUGAUGUAAAUUGUUUUAAAGACGCGGCCUACUGUUUGACAUGUUUGACUGGGUAGCUCAUCUUCUUGUUGCAUGAUUUGUUUUACUUUUCUUCUUCAUUUUCCAUCUUUAAUGCUCCCUAUGUUAAAAACAAAAGAUACCCGUCUUCAGAUCUUCUUGACUUAUUUUCACUUUUGAAUAUUUCAUUGAAAAAUGUGAUUUAAUGUGCAUCACCAUAUAACUUGUGGGUGUUUCUAAAUGCUAUAUUCCCUUCCUGGACCUGCUGAUAAUGGAGGAAAUAAAAAUGUCGACUGAACUCUUGCUGCAUGUGUUCAUGCCAGGCUCUAACUACAAAGUUAGCUUGUCUCCACUGUCUUACUUUGUUUCCUCCUUUUUCCACACGUCGUGACGAGGUUGCAAGUUGGUCUAAAAAAAAACUUCAAAAAAAACACCCAGAGUGUAAAUCUACAUUUUCUAAAUAUUCUGUAUCUCUCUCUCAUCAUGGAAUCAUUGUUUUCACUUCGAUAAUGGAAAACUUUGAUGAUGAGUUAAAGUAAAGGGUUUGUUGUUUGAAUCUUGAAUUUGUAUUUGUUCUUAAUUCUGUUUUAUAACUCGUUUGUAUACAUGUAAAAUAUUUUCCAUGUUUGCGUUAUUUUGGUGUUUUCAUACUGAAUUUUAAUUUUGGCAUACAUAUAUUUCUGCCAACAUGCAUCAUACUUCAGCUUAAGAUUGAAUCCUCUGUAGCCGACUGCUGCUAUUGUUGCUUUUUACUAUUUUUGGUUGUAAUUUGUUUGUUUUUUUAAAGUGGUUUAAUAUGCCUAUAGAGGUUAUUAAAGUUUAAUAUCUCUCCUCA